UAAGAAUGUACCAUUAUUGCAGGCCGUUCAUGCCCGAGGUGCACCCCUCCCAAACUGCUGGGGUUUCGUGGAUGGGACGGCGAGGCCCAUCUGCCGCCCUUCCACCAACCAGCGGAUCUACUUUUCUGGACACAAGAGGCUGCACGCAUUGAAGUACCAGUCAAUAAUGUGUGCAAACGGCAUCAUUUGCCAACUUGAUGGUCCCUAUCCGGGACACAGGCAUGACGCUGGCAUUUUGCGCGAAAGUGGCCUCUACGGAAAGUUGGAAAAGCUUGUGCAGGGCCGCUCUUACACCAUCUACGGCGACCCAGCGUACCCAUUACGGCGGCUUCUGAUGAGGCCGUACGGAGGUGCCACCCUCACUCAACAGCAAGUGCUCUUCAACAGUGGCAUGAGUACUGUGCGACAAGCUGUUGAGUGGGGGUUCGGUAAAAUAGUAUCCGAGUUCGCAUUCCUGGACUUCAAGAAAAACCAGAAGCUGUACUUGCAGGAUGUGGGGAGAAUGUAUCGGGUGGGGGCAAUUUUUACUAACUGUCAUACAUGCCUGUACGGUAGCCAGACUGGUAUGUUCUUUGGGCUCCGUGCACCCAACUUGGGGCAAUACUUGAAACCCUCUGUACGGGACAGACACAACCUUUAAGAUACUCUUGGUACAGUGCUCAGCAAACUUAUAUGAAACACUCAAACUGUGUCUUAUCUCGUAAGAUCAGUGCUCCAUUACAUAGCGCUCAAUAGAACAGCUUGAGCAGGGAAG